AUGGAUCGAACGUCUAAGUACUUCUCCAAGGAGAGGGGGAAGAAGAUAUCGAUAAUGUACGAAGGUGAACCGAAUGGAAGUUGCAUCAGUCGGGUGGGGGGAGUACAGCAUCACGUGAUAUCAAAGCGGGAGGAGGCUACGGGGGAGACUACGGGGGAGACAGGUCCACAUUUUGUGAAGGGAGAAUAUCCCAACGUGGAAGGGAAGAAGCUGCUCCCUGUAGGGGGGCAAAUUCGAAAUGGUCGAAAGGAAGGACGGGGUAGGCAGGCCAGGCAGGCCAGCCAGGAUGGCAAGCGCGGCACCAAGAGGGUGCCCGUAAAAAAGCAUGAAUUGAGGAAGGUUGACAGUGAGCUUAGGAGGAAGCUCGUUAAGGUGAUGGGGGGGUCAGCUCCUGGCGAGAGUGCGGUGCGGUUGGACGGGAGAGGUGGUGAUGACUACGCUGCUGAAUACGCUGCUGAAUACGCUGCUGACUGUGGUGACCACGCUUCCCCCCGGGGGGAGCAGAAGCUGGCGCACUUCCUGCGGACGUACGAAAAGAUUAGCAAAAUGAGAAAGCACAUCGUGGCGCCGGUGGACAAGUACGGUUGCCACAUGCUGAGCGACAAAACGGAAAGUGCAAAGGUCUAUCGGUUCCAAACGUUGGUGUCCUGUAUGCUGUCCACAAGGACGAAGGACAAAAACACCGCCAUGGCUAUGGAGAAAUUAAAAGCACACGGACUGACUGUACAAAAUAUGCUACGGACGUCUGAAGAAGAAUUAAAAAAAUUGAUUCAAUCUGUAGGCUUUUAUAAUAUUAAAGCUAGACAGAUAAUUCAGAUUAGCCAAAUAUUGAGAGACAAAUAUGACUAUGAUAUCCCGCGGACACUGGAGGAGUUACUAAAGCUGCCAGGAAUAGGGCAGAAGGUGGGCCACUUGAUUUUACAGACUGCGCUGAAUACACAUGAAGGGAUAGCUGUGGAUAUACACGUGCAUCGGAUUUCUAACCGGUUGAAUUGGGUAUGUACGAAAAAUGAGUCAGUUACGCAAUCCAAGUUGGAGAGCUAUGUGCCCAGGGCUCUGUGGUCUGAGUUAAAUAAGACUCUUGUUGGAUUUGGGCAGGUUGUGUGCAAGGCGAAAAGUCCGCUUUGCACCAUGUGCGCAGUGGCGGACUGUUGGGGUAACAUUCAGCGGAGUUGA